AUCACGACGUAUCAUAACAAAAUUUACAUAUAAAUGAAUUAAACUAAAAGCUUUCACAAUGAAUUUCAGUGGUACAUUAAGAAUUAAUAAAUUCGCUUGUUUCAUAUUAGGUUUUAUAUUAUUUCUAAUCAUUUAUUGGCGAUCCGGCGGUGCCACUGUGACUGACAAAAGUGAUUUAGUGAAUUUGAAACAUUUGUUAAAAGCUGGUAUUUUUGCGGCAGAGCGUGGUGGCAAGAGAGUUGUGAGUCAAAAGAAUGGGGAAUUAAACGUUCAGAGUAAAGGGAAGACGCAGGAAGGCGCAAACGAUCCUGUAACGGAUGCAGACUUAGCUUCGCACUGCGCGAUGUAUUACAGUUUGAAGAAUACGUUUCCUAAGUUGUCUAUAGUUUCGGAGGAGCAUACGGGAGUGGCUGGCUGCAGUGACCAGGAGGCCAUAGACUUGGAGAGUACGCCGGCGGGGCACGGUGUGAUAGAUUACAUGUUUGAUGAACUUGUUUACAUUAAGGAUGUGACUGUGUGGAUUGAUCCGUUGGACGCUACGCAGGAGUACACAGAGGGUCUAUACCAGUAUGUAACCACCAUGAUGUGCGUGGCCAUCAAAGGAGUGCCAGUUAUUGGAGUAAUCCACUAUCCAUUUACGCCACGCACCUACUGGGGAUGGUACACCAAGCGGACCUCGGACAAUAUACCCAGUGUGGCUCAUAAGGAAGAAAACAAGAACCAGCCCACAGUGGUGGUGUCUCGCUCGCACCCGGGCAAAGUGACGGAGACGGCGAAAAAGGCUUUUGGCGAUAAGACCACAGUCAUCCCGGCGGCCGGCGCUGGGUACAAGGUCAUGACUGUUGUCAAUGGCACCUAUGACGUCUACCUCCACACGUCCGUCAUAAAAAAAUGGGACCUCUGCGCCGGCGACGCUCUCAUGAAAUCCGUCGAUGGCAAGAUGACCACCACCAAAGGUGACCCCAUCGACUAUUCACCUAACGAAGUGAAAGUGACCGACGGGAUUUUAGUGACGAGGUACGACCACGAAUAUUAUUUGAGUAAGAUGCCAGUUUUAGCGCCUUGAGUGCCAA